AUGGCUUUGCUGCUGACCCGGGCAAGACCCGCCGUGUUUUUUCUCCAGGCUGUUGGCAACCCCCCAGCCCCGCUUUGCAAAACAACCCCGGGCCGAGCUUUUGGUUGGGUUUGCAUUGCAAGGCGCUCCGAACACGGGAAGCCCCCCCCCCGCGCGCACGUGAGAACAGCGCCCCCGCAGGGCCUGCCCCCUCCCGGGAGAGGCGGGGAAGGGGCGAGGCCUGCGGAAGGGCAGCCCCGUCCCCCCUCCGCCAGCAUGGCCGCCGCCAUCGCCGCCCUCUCUCGCCGCCUUGCCUGGGCCGCCGCCGCCGCCCGGCCUCCCAGCCGCUUCCUGGCCGCGGGUGUUCAGUUCCAGUACAUAGUGGUGGCAAAGAAGGGAGCCAAGCAGGACGUGGGGUUGAUCCAGCUGAAUCGUCCCAAGGCCCUGAACGCGCUCUGUGAUGGCCUGAUGAGAGAAAUCAACCAGGCCCUGGACUCUUUGGAGCAGGACCCUCAGGUGGGGGCCAUUGUCAUCACGGGCAACGAGAAAGCCUUUGCAGCUGGAGCAGAUAUCAAAGAGAUGCAAGAGCGGGACUUUCAAGGGUGCUACAGAGGGAACUUCUUAACUCACUGGAACAGAGUCGCUACCACCCAGAAGCCGGUCAUCGCCGCCGUGAACGGAUACGCUCUGGGAGGUGGCUGUGAGCUUGCUAUGAUGUGCGACAUCAUUUACGCUGGGGAGAAAGCGCAGUUUGGUCAACCGGAGAUCCUUCUGGGAACCAUUCCAGGUGCUGGUGGAACCCAGAGGCUGACCAGGGCGGUGGGGAAGUCGCUGGCUAUGGAGAUGGUCCUGACCGGGGAGCGCAUCUCCGCUCAGGAGGCCAAGCAGGCAGGCCUUGUCAGUAAAGUCUUCCCUGUGGAUAAGCUGCUUGACGAAGCCAUCGGCUGCGCGGAAAAGAUUGCCGGGAACUCCAAGCUGGUGGUCGCCAUGGCCAAAGACGCUGUGAAUGCAGCCUUUGAGACGACGCUCGCGGAGGGGAAUAAAAGGGAGAAGAUCCUCUUCCAUGCUACGUUUGCAACGGACGACCGGAAGGAAGGCAUGAGCGCCUUUGUGGAGAAGAGAAAGGCCAGCUUUGCAGACCACUGA